UGGUGAAGCCUGCGCCUCGCCUUGCGCCUAGGCCCUAGGAGACCUUGGCUCCUUGGUGUACCUAUCGCCUUUAAUAACAUUGAGAAACGGUUGUUGUAUAUUAUUGAUUAAAAAACAUAGGGUUUCCCCUUUACAACUAUUUAUAAUAAUAGACAUAAAGACCAAACUACCCCUAACACUUAACAAUGAUCUUUUUUUCUUUAUAGUAAUUAUUUCCUUAUCAGAACUCUACUAUUGCUUGUAGGUAGUUCAUAUCUAUGGCUCAUGCUUUGAAAAUUUGCAUUGAGUGGUCCAACGAUGUUGUUUUGUGCUUUGUGUUUGGAUUUGUUUUAUUAUUUCCAUUCUUUUCUGAUGAUUCAGGGGCAUCGUAUACUGGCCUUAUUGUUAUUUUGUUUUAAUUCCUUAACUAGGUACAUGGCCCUGGUGCAGACAUAGACACGCUUUGUGUGGGACCUCGUCAUGCAACACGAGAAGAAGAUUUUUUCGGUGAGCUACACAAGAUGCUAUCAGAGUCGCCCGAAGUAACAGAGUUGCACCCUGUACCUGAUGCUCAUGUUCCAGGGAUGAAAUUUAAGUUUAGCGGGGUUUCUAUUGACCUUCUUUAUGCAAAGUUAUCACUUUGGGUUGUCCCUGAAGACUUGGAUAUUUCACAAGACUCAAUUUUACAGAAUGUGGAUGAGCAAACAGUUCGUAGUCUUAAUGGUUGUAGAGUUACUGACCAAAUUCUUUGUUUGGUGCCAAAUAUCCAGGUUAUGGUCAUUGAAUUUCCGCACAACAUUGAGAUGCAUGAGGUUUUGGGCAAAGCGUCGUGGUGUUUACUCUAAUGUUUCAGGGUUUUUAGGUGGUAUAAAUUGGGCAUUGCUUGUUGCUCGUAUAUGCCAGCUUUAUCCAAAUGCACUGCCCAAUAUGUUAGUGUCUCGAUUCUUCAGGGUUUGUACUCAAUGGCGUUGGCCAAAUCCUGUAAUGCUCUGUGAUAUUGAAGACAGGUCUCUUGGGCUGCAAGUUUGGGAUCCUAGAAGAUAUCCUAAGGACAAGUUCCACUUGAUGCCUAUCAUCACUCCUGCUUAUCCUUGCAUGAAUUCUAGCUAUAAUGUAUCAUCAAGUACCUUGCGAAUUAUGACAGAAGAGUUUCAGAGGGGAAAUGAAAUGUGUGAGACUAUGGAAAACAAGGCUGAUUGGAACACACUGUUUGAGCUUUAUCCUUUCUUUGAAGUGUACAAAAAUUAUUUGCAGAUUGAUGUUACUGCUGCUAAUAUUGAUGACCUGAGGAAAUGGAAAGGGUGGGUUGAGUCUCGCCUUCGUCAGCUCACAUUGAAGAUUGAGAGACACACUUUCAACAUGCUUCAGUGCCACCCACACCCCAGUGACUUUUCAGACAAAUCCAAACCUUUUCAUUGCUGUUACUUCAUGGGCUUGCAGCGGGAACAAGGAGUUCAGGCGAAAGAAGGCAAGCAAUUUGAUAUAAGGUUGACAGUUGAGGAAUUCAAGCAUGCUGUUGGCAUGUACACACUCUGGAAGCCCGGAAUGGAGAUACAUGUAAGCCACGUGAAACGGAGGAAUAUACCCAAUUUUGUAUUUCCCGGUGGAAUUCAACCUCCGCGUCAUUCCAAAUUGGCUGGAGAGAGUAAGCGAGUUUUGGAAUCAAAGGUUCGUUGCCAACCUGAAGCAGACAAGUCAACUGAGGCAGUUUUAGAUGGCGUAGAUGACAGAAGGAAGAGGAAGCGAGAGGAUGAUAAUGUAGCUACUACCAUGGGAAGUUUGAGAUGUAGUCCCGUCAACUCUAUUGCUCCGUGUUCUACAAAAAGUAAUGAAGUCGUGAGAGACAGUCCACCUGUUGGGCUUUUAUCUGCUACUGAUGUGUCAUCAAGCACUAAAGAAGCGGAGAGCCUUGCGAUUGAGAAGAUCAUGUCCAGUCCAUGUGUUGCUCACCAAGCCUUUCCAGAAGAACUCGAGGAGCUUGAAGAUGACUUUGAAAAUAGGAAUCAAGUCAAAGAUUUAGUUGGGAGCUCAAAAGGUGGGCCCAUGGAGUCCUCAACAGCAAAAGAGGUAGUUACUGAUACAAGUAUCGAUGGAGCUGGUCCUUGCUCUGGUUUGCGCUUGAAAGGGAGCUUAGAAGAGCUUGAGACUGAUGAACUUGCGGCAAAAUUGUCGAAUGGGAUCCAUUCAACAUCUACAGCACAACGGAAGCCACUUAUCAGAUUGAACUUCACUUCCUUAGCUAAGGCUACUGAUAAGAGAGAGCAGUCGAAAUGAGAUCCACCCUCUAUAGGGUGAAGCUGGCACAGGACUGGUGGGUAUUCAAAUUCAAAUAUUGUAUGCAUAAUUAAGUAGCGAACAAUAAUGAUAACCCUUUCCUUACUCUUUUCUUAACCAAAUAAAAAAAGAAAAGAAAUCCCCAAUCGCCCUUUUCUUCCCUCUUUCCUUUCUUUUGUAACAUGGAUCAAAUCAUAUAGUAAAUAAAUACUUUAUCACCUUCUGUGUGUGUGUGUGUGUCUGUGUGUGUGUGUGUGUGUUUGUCCGUUAUGUUUUGGGCAAUUUUUCUGGGACUUUUGAGUGGUUAUUGAAUUCAUGGCUGUUGGAAUUCUGGACUUUGGUUUCUUGAGGUGGAAUUUUGGCAUGCAUUUGGCUCUGUGUAUGGCUCCUACAUAUGUCCUUUCCAGUAAUGCUGUGAUGACAAUAUUUUCUUAUAUAUAUUUUUAAUUAAAUUUGUUUAUUAUUGAUGUGA